AUGGGAUCCAAAAAAAUUGUGGUCUUGUAUGGUUCGGAAACUGGCAAUGCUCAUGAGUUUGCUCAUGUCUUUUCCUACCAGCUUCACAGAUUCCACUUUGCUCAUACACUUGCAUCUUUAGGGGACUACGCCGCUCGAGAUCUGUUGCAAUGUAAACAUCUUUUCAUCAUCUGCUCUACCACGGGACAAGGCGAGAUGCCCAGAAACGUAAGUGAGAAAACAACGGGUGAAUCCAAAGAUACGUUAUGGAGUUUUUUGAAGAAAAAAAGUCUUCCUAGUGAUUUUCUUAGCCAUAUACAGGUCUCCAUGUUGGGUCUAGGAGACUCCUCGUAUCCUCACUUUAAUUUUGCCAUUCGAAAGCUGCACAAGCGCAUUGUAGAUCAGCUAGGCGCUCAAGAAACUUUCCCAAGAUUAGAAGCUGACGAAUUGGGCAUGACCGGAAGUAACGGAGGAACUGGAACAGGGAUUGAGGCUGUAUAUUUCGAAUUUGAAAAGCGUGCCAUCAAAUCUUUACUAAGCAAAUUUCCCAAUCGCAGGAUAGAAGGCGUUGUUGUCGAAAGAAAAAUGGUUCCUGACGACGUGUUCAUGGAACCCGAGGUCAGUCUUAACUUUGAUGAAGAGGUGACGGUAAAUAUUUCCCCCACUUUCGAAGGCGAUCCCUUAGUAAAACACGCAAAGGUCAUAGGAAACAAGAGAAUAACCCACACUGAUCAUUUCCAGGAUGUGCGACAAUUUUCUUUUGAAUGCAAUGGAGAGUCAUACGAAGCGGGCGAUACAGUAGCCUUAUAUCCACAUAACAGAGAUUCCGAUGUCGCAGCGUUUUUAGACACGCAACCCCACUGGAUACCCUUCGCCGAUAGGCCCCUAAAGGUGGAAGGGUUCUUGAGCCAGUAUGACGGUGGUCUGAUAUCGCCCCUAACUCUUCGCAAUAUCUUGAAGUAUCACUGCGAGCUAACCAGUUGCCCAAGAAAGAUCUUUUUCAUGAAGACUUGGAUGUUUGCUACCCAGAAGGAUAAAUUGGAAGGUGGCGAUGAGCAGCUUGAGCAACAGCGUGAAAAACUUCGUCAAUUUGCUGUUGAGGAAGACAUGGACGAUUUGCAUGAUUAUUGCAAUAGGCCUCGUCGGUCGUUAUUAGAAGUGCUUCGAGAUUUCCCCUCGCUGAAAUUACCUUGGGAGUAUAUGUUGAGUUAUCUUCCUUUGAUAAAACCACGGUUGUUUUCAAUUUCCAGCAAACCAUCUAGCAAGGAGAUUCAACUCACCGUGGCCAUUGUCAAAUAUAAGACGAUUUUGAGACAGAUGAGACGAGGGCUUUGUACUGACUACUUGCAAACUCUUCAGCCCGCCGAUGUUAUCAGAUAUAAGCUGCAGUCAAAUAAGGUAAUCAAACCGUACAUGCGAGCUUCUCCAAUUAUUUUAAUCGCGCCUGGUGUUGGCAUCGCACCAAUGAUGUGUUUGUUGAAGUCCGAACUGUUCAAGAAUGUCACAUUAUUCUUUGGUAAUCGAAUGAAAAGCAGAGACUUUUUGUACAGGCAUGAAUUAGAGAAUUGGGAUGAAUCCAGAAAAAUAAACCUUUACUCAUGUUUCUCUCGAGACCCUCUGAAUUCCCCAGAUGCUAAGUACGUUCAAGAUUUGAUGUGGCAGAAAGGGGACGUUUUGGCUGAAUUAAUUAUGAAGAAGAAUGCUAUAAUUUAUUUAUGUGGGUCCUCUGGCAAAAUGCCAGUUCAGGUGAGGAUUACAAUUCUCGAAAUAAUGAAGAAGUGGGGCGGCCUUGAGGAAGAGGAGGCCGAAAUUUAUCUUAAAAAUAUGGAACGCGUGGGGAGGUAUUUGCAAGAGACAUGGUGA